AUGCUCACUUUUUAUAAAGACCCCUACUGCAAACUCCCUGUCUUUGUGAUGGGAGAGAGUGCCCGACGCUGCAUCUUGUGGAUCGGGGGGCAAAGUGAGUCUUUCCUCACCUUUGGCUACUUCCCAGAGCUGGUGAACAUGCUUGAGGGGGAAUGGCAGUUCGCGCAAAUGGAGCUCGCGAGCAGCCGCGUCGGGUACGGGGCGCAAGACCACGUUCACGACGCUGAAGACGUGGACGAUCUUCUCGACAUCCUUGUGAAGGAGUACGACAUGGAGGAGGUUGCCCUCUUCGGGACGAGUACAGGGGCCCAGGUGGUGUUUGAACUACUUGAGAACGGGCGCAACGUCGAGUUCAUCACCCGCGUCAUACUGUACGGAGUGGUGUGCGAUCCCGAGGUGCCGCUCUUCACCCCAGAGGGCGAGGCCGAACGCAAGGAAUUCGUUGCGAAGCUCAUUGCAGAGGGUCGACAUGAGGACUCCCGCGCGAUGGUAAACCAGUACGAUAUCCCCGUCACCCCUGCCCGUCUCGCCAGCGGGGGAUACCCGACCCUGCAGGAGGCUGUAUGGUGCCCCUGCUUCCGCAACGACACGGAAACGCUGCGAAAGACACUCGGUCUGAUCAAGGUGCCGCUACUACUCAUGUUGGCGCACCAUGCCCAGUACAAACCCGCCGCCGAGGAGGUCGACCGCGUGAUGGAGCUUGUCAAGGAGCACACGGGGUGUACACAUGUAACAGUGAGCUAUUUCAAUGAUACCUGUGACGAGCGGAGACGUGUGCUAAAGGCAGCGGAAGCUGAGCACGUUGAGGCCAUCGUACAGUUUAUCUUCCAAGAGGAAGAGAAGCGCAAUAAGCAACUGGAACAGCAAAAAAUAAAGGCCGUCGAGGAUGAAAAAAAACGAAAGUCGGUUUUGCAAGCCUCAGCGUUUGCCCAAAAUGUAAUCAAAUCCACCGCAGCGUAG